AUGGAAAUAACAUAUAACGGACCAAGUGCUUUCGUCAGUGCUGUGAAACUUGUGCAUACUUCAGGAUUGGUGUCUAAUAGGGCAUCAGUCCCAGGUUCAUUCUGGGGAUCCGGCGAAGGUACCAAUGGCCUUGCCACUUUGAUCACUGAUUCUCAAAAUAGAAUAAUUUAUCCUUCACCUCGUGUAACAACUGUGAGUCAAAAUGGUUGGUAUGCUAUGCCAGGAUACACUGCUCUAUCCCCAGAGCUGCUCUUGUCUGAUUUCUGCGCUCCUCACUAUCUCAAUAAAGGGGUAAAAUUGAGAGUGUGGUACGGUGAAGAUUGGAGUGGCUAUACCGAAAUUGAUAACAGUGGAAGGUCGUGCACCAAAAUUUUUGCUUAUUUGUUCCAAUAA